AUGUUGCAAUAUCUGAAAAUGGUGUUCUACUUCGUUCUUACUCUUUUGGCAGCGCUUCCUGUGUGCCAAGGCUUCGAUCUUGCAUAUAUGCCUGUCGACUUUGGCGGUCCCAAUGAAGGCAGUCCCCGAUGGAAAGAGAACUUCACGAGAGCAUUAUCUAAACUCUGCGGUAGCCAAGAAAAGGAUUUUAUGAUCUAUUCCGAAAAAUUGGGUGCCUUGAUUGAUAAAGCGUACCAAAACAUGCCAGAAGGAGAAAACGGAUAUACUGAGCUCGGUUAUAAACGCGUAUACAGAACACGGGGACUGGACCGUGGCGACGCAAAAGCUGCAGCAGAGUCAUUUGCCGCAUUCCUCCAAGGAAAACUUGGAUCAGUCACUUGCCAAACGCUCAAAGGUCACCGCCACUUCAGGUGUCGAGUGUUCCGAGUAAAUAUGGGUCUUUGGAUAGGACAGCCUAUCAUCUACUGUGCAUUCUCUAAUUCGUAG